AUGCCAUCGAUGAAAAGCUUGGAGAAAUAGCUUCAAUUAAAAGAAAUAAAGAAUUCACUUGAUACAGUAUGGAAUAUUGAUGAAAAAGUUAAUUUCAAUGAAUAAGAUUUCAAUACUCUAAAGAGUUUAAUGAGCAGAAGAAACAAGCCUUUAAAAUUUCCUCUGGGUCACUUUGUGAGAUAUUUGUAUAAGGGUAAAUUUAGAGACCAAGUGGAAGAAGAGGAAAAAGAGAAACAAGAGGAAGAUCUGAAAAACGUAUAUAUUGAAAAGAGAUUCUACAACGUUGUCGAGAUUGGCUUCAUAUUUUGGUUUUUAAUAUUCAGAAAAGAUUUCACUCUUGCCAAGCUGCUAGCUGAAAAUGAGAGAUAAUAUAUCGAGCCUUUCUUAGAUAAAAUGGCAAAGAUAAUUGGAGUGAAGAAGAUUAAGCUCUUACUAAACAAAUCUCUAAGUAAAAUGGUGAGUUAUCCUUAAGGUCUUAAGUGGGGAUUACUGGAAGCUAUCAAAUAUAAAAUGGACCAAUUCGCUACUGAGUAAUUAGAAGUAUAUGAAUUCUUAAAAAGCGAUAAAGAAUUUAUGCUAGAAAUGAAAGAACUCUCAGCUAAAUUCAAAUGUAUAAGAAUGCUUUAACUUAUGUACAAGGAUUUCUUUAGUCCAAGCUAUUAGCUCAAUUUUUAUGAAGAAAUAACUACUAAGUUAUCAUCAGGAGAUACAAAAAAAUAUGUAAAGAAAGAUGAUGCAGAAGUUAAAGAGGAUAAUAUUUAGAUUCUGGAAGUAUUUCAUUAGAAAAUUAAGAAGUAUGAGAUUAAGAUAAAGAACGAACAUCAAAAGUAUAAAAGCUAUGAAAGUAAUAGAGAAAUAAACAUGACUACUUCAUCAGGAGAGGAGGAUUAUUAAGAAAAAGAACUAUAAAAAAUUAGAAAAAACAUCGAAGAUUAUCAAAAUGAAAGGGACUAGUUGGAGCAAGAAAUGAAGUAUAUCAUCAGCACACCCUACUAUCUUGAAAAUGUAAAUCUCACAAGUGAGCUCAUCAAAUACCAAGCCUACUACGUUAUUCCACAUUUAUUCAGAGAAAGAAUCAAAGUUAGAGAAUGCAUUGAGGAUCAUUAGAUAUUUAUUGAUGAUUUCAAAAUGAUUUUAAACUUAUGGGAUAAAUUCAGCUUCUACGUAAUCUAUGAGAUCUCUUUAAAACUGCUUGAAAAGGAGGAGAAUAUUCUUGCUCUUUAUCCCCCUGAUUCUCAAAAGAACAUAGUCAAGCUCAUUUUAACUCGAGUUUAUAUUGGGUCUGAACUCUUAUCUAGAAUAAAAAUCCAGAAGUGGAACUAAAAGUUCAAUAAGGAUUUACUAAGUGCUAUUGAGCAGCAUUGCAAGGAUCCAAACCACAUAAUCUAUUGCCAGAAACCAAUGCUAGCAAUAUGCUUGUUGAUUGAGUUCAUUGAAAAGCUUAUGCAAAAUACGAAAUAAUAAAGAAAUAAGUGCAUUGCAAUCAGUUAAUAACUCCUAAAUAUUGGCGGGAAAUUUGUCAAAGAAUUAAAAGAUGCAGAAAUGGUCAAAUUUUUUUCAAGCCAAAAGGAUUCCAGAGGAAGAUCAGCUUUAGUAAUUAUGUCUAUAAAGCAUUUCUACACUAUGCUUGAGAGUCCAUAAAUGGCUUUAAUUAUAAAAGAGUAAUGGCAUGGUCCUAGCUCACAGUGUUUUGGGACUUAUGAAAUGUGCUCGACCUAUAAAAUAUCGAUGUCUUUAUAUGGUUAUGAUGAAGCAAGAAGGAGAUUCAACUCUGUAUUAUUUGAUAAGAAAUCAUAUUAAUUCCAAUAUUAUAUUUGGCCUGACUCAUGCUCAGCAAGGAGAUUUGAUGGAGAUAAUUUUCAAUAUGCUGACUUAGAGAAAAACUCAACUAGAUUUGAAUAAGAUACUAGAUAUUUUGCUUUUGUUUGGCUAAAAAUUACUAAUUUCGUUCUUGCUAUUUAACAGUUUGGAAUUUAUGUCAGAAUGUUUAGACAUAUGCUAGUGGUGCUUAUCAACUUUAUGAUUCUAUUUUUCUUAUGGGUAGCUUGUGCCUCAUUGAUAUUCACAGUAAUGUUUUACAAUGAUAGCUUAGAAUUUUAAUCAUACUUUCAGUCAUUCUUAAAUCUAUACAAUGGAGGGUUAACAAACUUUGAUAAUAAGCCCCCUUUCAAUAUUCUGAGCUUUAUCUUCAUGCCUAUUCUCAUCAUUAUGCAUUUCAAUUCUAAAUUUAAGGAAAUAAAAAAGUCGAUGAAGAAGCGAACAAACAGAAUGUUCACCAAAUAAGAGUUGAAAGAGCAGCAACGAGAAGAAGACUUUAAAGAAAAUAAGAAUAUGGAUAAUAAAUAAAGAUUCAACUUGUUUAUCGAAAGAGAGGAAUUAAGAAUAUUUUCAAAAACUUUGAAGUAUUAUAAUGACUACUUCAUUAAUAAAGAUAAAACUGAAUAAGUAGUUAGUUCUACCACAGAGAAAUUGGUUAACAUAAAGGAAAAGUUUAUGAAGCAAUGGGAAUAGAUUAGAAAGAUAGAUAAGUAAAACUUAGAGUAUAAGAAAUUACAGGAGACCAUGGAAAAGAAUAAAUAAGAGUUUUAACGUUAAGUGGUGGGUCAUCACUAAUCUAAAACCUCACAAUAUUAUUUCAGCAAUGAAGCUUCUCAUGAAUAGGCAUUAUUAAUCGAUAAAUAGAUUGAUAAGGAACCGAGAAAACCAGCUAUAAAGGUACAAGCAGUUGUGGGUAAAUUAACUUAUUUUAAGGACCCUGCCAAUUAACCAGAAAUGUCUAAAAAAAUAGUAAGAAUCACCGAAAAUUUCAUGAAUGUAAUGAGUAUAAAUAAGCAAACUAUGGAGGAAUUUAUCUUGUGGCUAAGCAAUAUAGAAAACUUUUUGGAUAUUGAUAAAAUGAGAAAAGUAAUAUAUGAUGAACAGAUAAUUGAAGACAUGAAUGAUUAGGAUUUUGAAGAAUAUAGACAGAGAUUGUUCAACACAAAGACCACAUUCUUUGAUAAAGCAAUUGAGAAGAGUUCUAAGAAAAUCACAAAUGAUUUUGCUGAAAUUCAAUAUGCCAAUGAUAUUGCCUCAAAUCUUGAAGAUAUCAAUACUUAAUUCAAGUACCUUAAGAAAAAAAUGACAAGAAUUUUUAUCUUCAUGCAAUUAGUUAAGCCGGAUGGCUUGCAAUUUAAGGAGGACUUAUUUGGUUCUCAUGAUGAGAAAAGCCAUGUGAGGGCUGCUAGUGAAAUAAUUUCUAAACAUGCUUCAGAACUUAGAAGGUAAAAGAGAAAGAAAAGGGAAGCCAAAGACAAAGAGGAUUAAAAUAACAAAUUUUUUGAAUAUGAAAAGCAGAAAUUGCAGCUUACUAAUCCAUACUCUAUAAGGUUGUGA